UUCAGACCUCGAUGAGGACCAUCAAAUGACUGGAUAGCACGCCAAUCUGCCACAAUGCCGGCUGAUCGCCUUCUGUCGACUCUCUUGCGCUCUCUGCAGACGUACACAGAUCAGCAAGACACGCCGCGGAUCCUUGGAACCGCUUCGUCCCUUCUCACGACUCUCGGAAAUCCUCACAACCUCAGCCUCCUAACCUCCCAUCUCCUAACUGCGCCAGCGCUCUGGGACCGUCCCGACGGCGUGCGAACACCCCUCCGCCUGCUCUCCGUAUUUCACACCGCCGUCACUACGGUAAUAAACUACCACAAUGACGUCCGUCAUCACAAAGCUCCGAAGCUACUCCCCAGUCAGACGCCUACAGGUGGUGGCCUCCCGCUGGACGAUUGGAUACGCGCAGUAGUGGCUGGAGCAGACGACCGAAGCCAGCGAUGGAAGCAUCUAGUGGUGCUGGGCGGGCUGUUGAUCGGCGUCGCCAGUCUUGAAGAGCAAGGAAUGGACUUGUAUUGGGCGUCUAGCAUGAGGAAGAGAGUGGAAGCUGCGCUGGUCAAGGCGGCAAACCUGGCCCUCGUCCAAGUCCGAGAGCGAUCCGAAGCAGACGGUCUGGGAGGACAGACGAUUACGCUUGUGCUCAACCACGCUUUUGGCGGCCUUACGGGUGCGGAGAGGGCACAGAUUGAUUACGACCUGCUGUUGCCGGUGCUGAUUGGCACAACGUAUUUCUCGAACGAGGGAUUCCAGUCGGCCUACUUUCUGGGCGGCUUGGAUCUAGAUAUUAAAGUCAAGGCAAAGAAGCUCGAUUGGGAUGCCCGAUCAAGUUCGUAUCGGCAGGUUGAAGCCAUCAUGGCGAGACCACUGGUUUCCUCAAUGGGGCCAUUGUCGAGGUUUAUCGCGCAUUCAGUCGAAAACGUGAGGGACCCCUGGUUGAUCCAGACCAUGAUGGACGACCUCGCAAGCUUUGCAAGAGCUCUCACUACUCAAUGGAGGCAGAUUAAGUUCUCCGAAAUCGACCCGGCCGAAGAAUCCGUCUAUCUCGAAGAGGACGCACUUAACAGGACGCUUCCUCUACUUUGGAAGCUCUUGAAGACUGCCUUGUUCGCUACGACCAUCGUUAUAACAGGGGUAUUUAGUCGGACUCUCGGCGAUAAAGUCCUCGCCGGAGAUGCCGUAGCACCGGUCCUGGCAUCACAAGCGCUCAACACGCUCCGCCACCUGUACUUUAUCACAUCACGACUUGGACCAGCUUCCUUCUCCCAGCAUACAUUUGUCUACCUCACGGCCAUCGAUAUCCUCUCCGCAUACCCUAUGCAUGCUGAUAAAUUCCUCAAAUCUAUCGCACCACAACAACUCGGCCAGAUACCACGACAUCCGCUCGAUCGCAUACUGGAUCUCUACUUCCUCAACACUGCCGAGCACUUUACGUUGGUGCUAUCGCCUGCGACGAAUGAGGAUCUCCUCGUGGCAUCUGCUGUUCCGUAUCUCGCCGCUGGUGGAAAUCACAACAUGCUUCCCAUCUUUGAGGCCGCACAUAGUGUGAUGCUAGCCGUGCUCUCCGCAUCGCAAUCGGCGGAGAUCACUGCGAAACAUCUCCCAUUUUACAUCGACGCACUGUUCAGCGUCUUCCCUCAUAACCUAUCACCACGGCAAUUCCGACUCGCAUUCAAGACCCUGAUGCGGGUUACCGCACCUUCGUCAACACUCUCGGCAUCCCACCCAGACCUUCCGGCGACGUUAAUGGAGUUGGUAUUCCACCGGGCGUUCAAUGCACCUACCCAACCUCUACCUCCUGAUGAAACGACGUUAGCGCUGCAAGGGUCCGACGCCCCACCGCCACCGCUCUCUGAACAAGCUGUCCUAGCUUUGACCCUAAUCGAUGCGUUACCAUUCCUGCCAAUUCUACUCUUGGAAGAGUGGAUGCCGCUAUGCGCGGAACUACUCAAUCAAAUUGAUGAUGAUAUCAUGCGGGAAGCCGUCAAAGCAAGAUAUUGGGAAGUGCUUGUUAGCGGCGAAAUGGAUCCUGAACGCAGCGCAUCAGCCGUUGCCUGGUGGGGCACGAGAGGCGGCAGAGAGCAGGUCCUGUUUGGGAGGGAAAGCGAAAGCGACGGGCUCAAGAUGAUGAGUGGAGCUUUGCCAACUGAGGGAGCGCCUCGUGAGAGCAAGUUGUAGGCUUCAGGAUAUUUCUACUUGGGCGACAUCCACUCGGGCUAGACUACGCUCUCUGAUGGCUACCUGUUGAUUUGUUGCGCACUCGCUACCUCUCCUCAAG